GCCUACUGCUUCAAAUCGCAGACGGUUACGUUUUAUUUAUCGCUUUGCAUCUUCGCUAUAAAUUGUUCAGUGAUCUGUAACGUUUGACAGUGUUUGAGUGACCAAGCGGAAGGAAACGCAAUGCUGCACCCAGUGAUAUUAUUAUUAGCAAUAAUUUGCACGGCAAUUGCCCAGCGGCCGUUCAGGCCUGUUCCAGUAGCUCCACAAACUCCGGGACGACAGGUUAAUAUUAUUAGCGAAACGAACGAUGUUGGCAUAGACGGAUCAUAUAGAUGGAGUUUUGAAGCGGACAAUGGAAUAUCGGCGCAGGAAUCUGGUCAGUUAAAAAACGCGAAUUCGCAAGAUCCCAUUGAGGAAGCUCAAGGAUCGUUUCAGUAUACUGCUCCCGAUGGCACACCCAUUCAGCUGCAAUAUAUUGCCAACGAAGGAGGUUUUCAGCCUCAAGGGAAUCAUUUGCCUGUGGCACCGCCCAUUCCGCCAGAAAUUUUAAAAGCAUUGGAAUGGAAUGCAGCACACCCGGAAGAAGAAAGAGAGGAGAUUAGUCGACCUGUAACUGGAUUUAGGGGAAAAUUCGCCGUCAUAACUACGCGCGUUAAUUGUCUCUGUGCCCGCGUGGGUUUUCGUGUAAUUGAUAACAUGAGUAAAAUUUCGCUGAUAUUUCUAGCAGUAGUGCUUGUAAGUACUUGCGCUCAACGCAGGCCGCCGGUUCAAAUCCAACCAGGGCAGAUUAUUAAGAUAAUCAGGCAAGAGUCUGAUAUAGGACCAGACGGAUCUUACCAAUGGAGUUAUGAGACCGAAAAUGGAAUUUCUGCGCAGGAGCAAGGCCGAUUGAAAAACCCUGAUACCAUGGAAGCGCAGGGACAAUUUUCAUUCACUGCAGAUGACGGAACCCCAAUUCAACUCCAGUAUACCGCCAACGAAGACGGCUUUCAGCCUCAAGGUGCUCAUCUUCCAACGCCUCCACCAAUACCCGCGGCCAUUUUGAGGGCUUUGGAGUAUAAUGCGGCUCAUCCAGAACAGGACGAGGAGCGUCCUAGACCAGUUGGACGCCGUCGACGAUGAUAAACGAUGUAUCUAGAAUUCUGUGAUCUUACAUAAAAAUAGGAUAUUAAUUUUUUUAUUGACUGUAGCAUGAGUAACUUAUAAUAAAUACUCGGCAACUUGGAAAUGUCGCUUAAUGCCAUGGGCGAAUGAAAUUAAAACGCUAGAUUAAAAAAAUGAAAAAUUUAUUUGU